ACAGGAGAUGUCUGUGCAUGUGCUGGGGGCAUUGGGGGGAGCCUCUUCCCUUCCUCCCCGGCCGCUACUACACCUACAGUAUUGCUGGCAGCAGCAGCAGCAGCAGGACACAGGAUACAUCACGCAGAACUGGUUAGGCCGCCGCCGCCGCGGCUGCCACAAUGUGACAUUUAGGGAUUGUAGCCCCGCCCGGUGUGUGAGGGGAAGGAGAGGAGUCCGGGCCUCCGCUGCUGCUGAUAGGUGGCUUUGGAGGGUGUCCCUAUGCUGGAGACUUUGUGCAUUGCUGAAAGUUGGCAGAGUCCGGAAUUGGGAGGAAAUACUAUUAUUAUUCAUCCUUACAGCUUUCUAUAGUGUGUGAUCGCCUAUAGGAGUUACACUGGGGAGCCUGCAGGAUACAGCGCCCGGAUCCCGGUCUGUCUCUCACUGUCCGACUGGAGGAUGAGAACAGCUCUCUGACUGCUGUGAGAAGUAAAGAAAACAAAGAUGACUGAAAUUCGUCGGGACAGCACGAGUAGUUUACAAAGAAAGAAGCCGCCAUGGUUAAAAUUAGAAAUACCAUCUGCAACUACCAACGAGGAGCUGACAUUUGUUCAGCCCUUCAAGCGUCAGACAUUUAUAAGAAGUGUGAGUAUGCCAGUUGAGAACACUAGAAUACCUUCGCCUCCCAAUGAGCAGAAGCGGCCAAUCUUACAACGUCAGACCUCAAUCACCCAGACCAUCAAGAGGGGUACAGCUGACUGGUUUGGAGUGAGUAAAGACAGUGAUUCCACUCAUAAGUGGCAAAGGAAAAGCCUUAGACACUGCAGCCAGAGAUAUGGAAAGUUAAAACCACAAGUUAUAAGGGAAAUGGACCUCCCAAGCCAGGACAAUAUAUCGUUGACAAGUACGGAAACACCGCCACCUCUUUAUGUGGGACCAGCUCAGUUUAACAUGCAAAAGAUUAUAGACCCAUUGGCAAGAGGACGUGCUUUCCGAAUGGUGGAAGAGACGGAUGGCUACAGUAUGCCACAUACACCAAUUACACCUGGCGCAACUUCUCUCUGCUCAUUUACUAGCUCCAGAUCUGGAUUCAACCGAUUUCCCAGAAGACGGAAAAAAGAGUCUGUAGCCAAAAUGAGCUUUAGGGCAGCAGCAGCACUUGUAAAGGGACGCUCAGUAAGGGAAGGUACUUUACGAAGAAUACAAAGACGGAGCUUCACGCCAGUUAGUUUCCUAGAAGAAGAUACUAUGGAUUUUCCAGAUGAAUUGGAUACAUCAUUUUUUGCCAGGGAAGGAGCCCUUCAUGAAGAUAUGUCAAGUUAUCCUGAUGAGGUCUUUGAAUCUCCAUCGGAGGCUGCAAUCAAAGAAGCUGAUCAGACGGCAACAACAGAAGAUGGCGUGGAGCGCACAGGAAGUGCUUUGGAUAAGAGCGAAUUAGAAAAAAGUCAUUUAUUGCUACCAUUGGAAAGAGGAUGGCGUAAGACAAAAGAAGGACAUCUCAUACAGCCAAAGGUCAGACUGUGCCAGGAAGUGGUCAGUGUCGGUCCCCAGAAACGAGGGCAACGCAUAACUAUCCCAGUGAAGAAACUGUUUGCAAAGGAAAAAAGGCCAUAUGGUCUUGGAAUGGUUGGAAGAUUAACAAACAGAACGUAUCGCAAGAGAAUAGACAGCUAUGUGAAAAGACAAAUCGAAGAUAUGGAUGAUCACCGGCCAUUCUUCACUUACUGGAUUACAGUUGUACAUCUUCUCAUCACAAUCUUGGCUGUAUGCAUAUAUGGUAUUGCACCUGUUGGAUUUUCCCAGCAUGAAACUGUAGAAUCUGUUCUACGAAAUAAAGGAGUCUAUGAAAAUGUUAGAUAUAUACAACAGGAAAACUUCUGGAUUGGACCAAAUUCUGAAGAUUUAAUACAUCUUGGAGCAAAGUUUUCCCCAUGCAUGAGACAAGACCAGCAAGUGCACAAUUUAAUUCAGAUGAAGAGAGAAAAAGAGAAACAUUCUGGGUGUUGUGUGAGAAAUGACAAAUCUGGCUGUAUUCAGACCUCAGAAGAAGAGUGCUCGUCUACCCUUGCUGUAUGGGUGAAAUGGCCUUUUCAUUCCAGCACCCCACUGCUGGCAAAUAAGAGUUUUAGGCAUUAUGGAUCGGUUUGCCGCCAGGACCCCAGGUUUUGUGCUGAACCUGCUUCUGUGCCUCCACACGAGUGGCCUGACGACAUCACAAAGUGGCCGGUGUGCACAAACAGCACAAAUGGAAGUUAUCCCAAUCAUCUUCAUAUGAAUUGUGAAAUAACAGGCAGGCCCUGUUGUAUUGGAACAAAAGGAAGCUGUAAAAUAACAUCCAGAGAAUACUGCGAUUUCAUGAAAGGACACUUUCACGAAGAGGCAACUUUGUGUUCGCAGGUACAUUGCAUGGAUGAUGUGUGUGGCCUACUGCCAUUCCUGAACCCAGACGUUCCAGACCAGUUUUAUAGGUUGUGGCUUUCUCUUUUCCUUCAUGCCGGGAUCUUGCACUGUUUGGUUUCCAUCUGCUUCCAGAUGACAAUACUUCGAGAUCUGGAAAAGUUGGCAGGCUGGCACAGAAUCUCCAUUAUUUAUAUUUUAAGUGGGAUUACUGGAAAUCUUACCAGUGCUAUUUUUCUGCCCUACAGAGCGGAGGUUGGACCGGCUGGAUCUCAGUUCGGAAUCUUGGCAUGCCUUUUUGUAGAGCUUUUUCAAAGUUGGCAGAUUCUGGAACGGCCAUGGAGGGCCUUCUUCAAGCUAUUUGCUGUUGUCAUCUUCCUAUUCACGUUUGGCCUUCUUCCAUGGAUUGACAAUUUUGCUCACAUUUCUGGCUUUAUUAGCGGUUUCUUUUUAUCUUUUGCAUUUCUUCCUUACAUUAGCUUUGGCAAGUUUGACAUGUACCGAAAAAGGUGUCAAAUUAUUAUUUUUCUACUCAUAUUUUUUGGACUUUUCUCAGGACUAGUGGUUUUAUUCUAUGUUUAUCAUAUCAAGUGCGAAUGGUGUGAGUACCUAACCUGUAUUCCGUUCACAGAUAAAUUCUGUGAGAAAUAUGACCUUGAUGCACAACUUCAUUGACACUUUAUAACUAGAGAUUGAAUUUUUAUACAAACCAUAUUUGAGUCUUUUCUAUGUUUUACAGAUAUGGCGUUACAUUGUUAUUAUUAAAGGUACUGAAGGAAUAACAUAGCCAUUUUAUCCCACAAGCUGCUGAGUUUAAAUUACUGAGUAAUUAACCUUAUUGAUGCAAUGGUCAAGAAGUGACAGGUAUACGGAAAUGAUCGUCUUUUGCUGUGGGAAUUGAAAUAUUUUUUCUAUAUAGCCAUAUUAAAGUAUAUUCUUAAAAGUGCACAUUGUUAAUUUAAACUGUAAAUAUAGUAUUUGAUAACCUUUGCUAAAAUGUGUCUCAGAUGAUUUUACUGUCUGAAAGCAGAACUAUUGUUUCUUUGUUCACUUUUUUGAACGACAGUGUGAUGUCUUUUUGAUGGACUAAUUCAAUUAUUUGGGUUUUUUAAAAAUAUUUUUGUCCUGCAGGCACUACUGUAGUAAUUGACUACAGGGUAGCGUUUUAGCUACCUUAUCUGUAAUAAAAAAUAUUGAAUAUUGAGUAUAGCGUUUCUUUUGCCUAGUUCUUUGUAUACACUCCCACCUUUACUGGUAAAG